AUGUAUCGGAAUCCAAUCAGAGUCCGCGGGACCUGUGAGUGGAUUUUGGAGGAUGAAGGCUUCAACGUGUGGCGCGACAGCAGCUCAGGCGUCCUCUGGGUGUCAGCAGGUCCUGGGCGUGGCAAGUCAGUCUUGUCGAGGUCGCUGAUAGACAAAAACCAUCUGAACACCGGCACGAUUACCCUCGCAUCCGCCGGUGUUCUGACUAGCCCUCGAUCUGUUGUUGUUCAUUUCUUUUUCAAAGAGGGUGCUGGUGGCAGGAUGGACGGUACCCAAGCGCGGUGUGCAUCCACCCAGGAAUCUACGAGACUGAUCAGACCUGGGUUGCCGGGGUAUAAGGCAAAUGGCGACUCCCUUGUGAUAAAGUUUUCCGAGUUAUGGCGAAUCCUGGUGGUGUGUGUCGCAGACCCGGAGGUCGGCGAAAUCAUAUGUGUCAUGGAUGCGUUGGAUGAAUGCGAAGAGAGAAGCGCACAUCGGAUCAUUGAAACACUUGAAGAAUUAUACAGCACAGAUCAGACGUUAGCGGGAUCCAAGCUCAAAUUCUUCAUCACAAGUCAUCCACUUCAGUAUGAGAUUGACCUGGUCAUUGAUGAGACAGUUGAGGGCAUCACAAAAGGCAUCAUCGAAAGCGAUCGACAAAAGAUCAAGACCGCCUGA